AUGAGCGCCUCUGCUGCUGCAACAGGCAGCCGUGACCUCAAAGAUCUUGUUGAAGAAGAAUUCAAUGAAUAUAUCACCAAUGAGAUGCCCAUUCGUCUACUUCAUAUCACCGAAGAGGAUGAAAAGAUAAAGUUUCAACUCGUGGACAGAGAUUUCGUCAGGAAGCACUUCAAAGAGAAAAUGGUCCCCAACAACAUUCUCGCCGAUUUUGCUGAAAAGAGGAUCGUGGACGGGGAGGAAAAGGGGGAGCGUAUCAGAGAGCGCGUGAAGAAGGAACUCAAAUAUGCUGUCCUCUCGCAUAGAUGGUUGCCGGACAAUCAAGAGCCUCUAUAUCACCAGAUGUCGAAGGACCCGAAGGAAGUCGCUGAUGGGCCAGGAUGGAAGAAGCUUCAACGCUUUUGCCGCACAGCGAAGGUUGUCCACAACUGCGAAUUCGCUUGGUCCGACACGUGCUGCAUAGACAAGCAAGCAGCUCAGAAUUGGAUGAAUCCAUCCGCUCCAUGUUUCGCUGACCUCGCAGCUCUCCAACUGCAAGAGAAGGGCAAAAGUGGUGAAAAGGCAGUCGAUGCGUGGUUCGAGAGAGGAUGGACGCUUCAAGAGCUCAUUGCUCCGUUACAAAUCAAAUUCUAUGGAAAAAACUGGACGCCCCUCAUCCAAGGCUCUACGAACGACAGAAACAACAGAAACAGCAAGGUCAUCAUGAAAAAGAUAUCAACGCUGACGGACAUACAUAUGGAUGACCUUGAAUCAUUCACUCCUGGCAUCGACAGAGUGCCAGAAAAAAUGUUGUGGGCAUCCAGGAGGCGAACGACUCGCAUCGAAGAUGUCGCGUACUCCCUUAUCGGAAUAUUCGAUAUCAGCCUCAUGAUCGCAUACGGCGAAGGCAACAGAGCUUUCUUCCGUCUCAUGGAGGAGGUAAUAAAGAGAUACGAUAAAUGGGACGUGUUUUUAUGGAGCGGUCGUUGUUCCCGCUAUAACGCGGCCCUCCCGGAUGCGCCGCACUCCUAUGCUGCGGGAUGUAUCAAAACACUCCGCCACUCAGUUGAGCGGGCCGCAGGCUACGAGUUUGGAGAUAGGCGCUUUGCCUUGACCAAUCACGGACUCGAAAUUUGGGUGCUCCUACUGGAGGUCGAGUUAGCGGGCAUCAGUGAAGAGUCGCCUGACUCGAGAUGUCUUUCGUUCAAGCAUGAUCACUUUAAGGUGAAGGUGAGGCACAUUGGCCCAAAGCCUCACGAUAGGAGGUGGGCAAUAGGUGUCCUGGACUAUUCCAUAGAUGGUGAGGGAGGGUACAUCGACAGGUCGCCGACCCGGGAGAGCCAAUUUAACGUGGAAAGCCCACAUACCACGUUCUUGCUGUCGUGCUCGAAUGAACAUGCAUCUACUCGUAUACCAGCAACUACAAAGUGGAAGAAGGAGAUGACAAAGGAAGUUGUUAGAAUUCAUUCUCUGCGGGACCACGUAGGAGAAGGUCCGACUCUGUUGUACCUUUAG